ACUUGUUAAAACGAAGACGAUAAUCAGACAAUCAUGGCUUUUGUAAGCUUUGAAAAGAAACAAAUUUUUAUUUUUCUAUUAUUAUGGUUGGGAGCUGAAAGUGCAAGGCCUCGUCCACGCAUAGUUGGUGGAAAUUUUGCCCAUGAAGGACAAUUUCCUCACCAGGUAUCUUUACUGGUGAAUAAUAGACAUCAUUGUGGUGGUUCCAUAAUCUCGGAACGUUAUGUAAUAACAGCAGCCCAUUGUGUGACCAAUGGAAAUCCACCUCAUCCCAUUCCUUUGGACAUUUUGGAGGUUAGAGCUGGCAGUACAUCCUACAAUUCCGGUGGCCAACUUGUGGGAGUAGAGGAGUUAAAAGUUCAUCCUUCGUUUAACGAAUUCGACAACGACAUUGCCUUGAUCAAAUUAGCCGAAUCCUUGGAAAUGAAUGAAGAUGUGGCCAGCAUUCCUUUAGCCACUCAGAAUCCCCCCUCUGGCGUCAACGUUUCUACCUCUGGUUGGGGUCGCACUAGCUACGAUGGACCGCUAUCAACUCGUCUGAAAUUUAACACCCUUGUAUCUCUUGACCGUCGCGAUUGUAGUCUCUGGGCCGCUGACUAUGUACCCGAAAAGGUCUUUUGCGUGGUUGGCUCUGCAGCUAAUGGAGUUUGCCGCGGCGAUUCAGGUGGCCCUGCUGUCUAUCAAAAUGAAUUGGUGGGUGUUACCAACUAUGUCCAGGGCGGAUGUGGUUACUAUCCUGAUGGGUUUGCCAGUGUGGCCGAACAUCUUGAUUGGUUGAGAGAAAAUUCACGCGAUUAAUUUUAAUUUACAUAGUAAAUAAGAAUUGAAAGUAUUAACAAAAUAAAAAAAA